CUUGGUCCGUUGCCAAUAACUGCUCUUUACUUUCUCUCCUCCUCACUCACUGUCGCUGUCUCUCUCUAAGCCCAAAUGAAAUACCAGCAGAAUUCAGGAGCCCCAUCGCCGUCGUCGCCGGCGGCGGAGUUCAUCUCCGGCAACGCCGACCUCCUGGAGGAGAUCCUCCUCCGUCUGCCGCCGAAAUCUUUGAUAAAGUUCAAAUGCGUCUCCAAGCUCUGGCUCUUCACCGUCUCCAGCCCCCAAUUCUGCCACCGUCACGCCCGCCUCCACUCCUCCCGUCGCCGGCCGUCCGGCGUCCUCCUCCGCACCAAUCCCAAUUCCAUCCAUUCCCAGUAUCAAUUCCUCCCCCUGGACACUGAUUCCCCUUCUGGGUCGAGCCUCAAUUACGUCCCCCACCCUGCGGGCAUCAAGGUCUUGCAGUCUUGCAAUGGGCUCCUCCUCUGCUGCGGCGUCAAAGAAAUCGGGCAUUCUCGUAAUUACUACGUCUUCAACCCAACAACGAACCAGCAUACUCUGAUUCCUCAAUUGGGUAAUGUAUCACGGUCCAUUACUGUGUUUGGGGCAGGUUUAGCUUUUGAUCCUUCUAGGUCCCCCCAUUACAAGGUUGUGUGCGUCAGAAGCACUGAAACAUCGGUUUACCAUUACCAAAUCGAGUUAUAUUCUUCGGAAGAUCGGACUUGGAGGCUCUCUGGGCAUCCAUUUGUGGCCCCUUUCGAUAUGGUCUUCGAUAACGGAGUGUUCUGGAAUCGGGCGGUUCAUUGGAUCAGCCCGUCAAGGUCCUCCCUUUACUUUGAUGUCGACAAGGAACAACUCAGGGCGAUGCCAAGAAUUCCCAUUUCACGGAAUUGUGGAACCAGGAGGUUCAGGUACUUUGGACAGUCUAACGGGAACCUGCACUUCUUCGAAAUCUAUGGCUCCCAGACGACCCGAUUUAAGGUGUUCGAGAUGGAAAGGGAUUACUCCCAGUGGUUUAUGAAGUACGAGGUCGAGCUUGACUCUAUUGUAAAAGAAUUCCCUGAGAUUGUUCAGCAUUACGUUGAUCCGGGGGAGAUGAAAUACUAUUACGCCUUUGUCAUGCUUCUUCUUGUGAGGGAAGGAGACGAUAAGGACUCUUCAAUGUUGAUUCACGUUCCUGGUAAGAUCUUAUCUCAUAAUGUUGCCGAUAAGAGCUUUAAGAAGCUCUAUGAGAUUCCAACGAACCACAACAAAGGUCACGGAUCUUUACAGUAUGGAUGGCUCGAUGCGUAUGAGUUCAUCGAGAGCUUGGCACCCAUUUGAUGACAUAUAUACAUAUAUAAAUCUGGUCUUUCUGUUUAUAUCUAUGGCAGGGACUAAUGGCUUCAAGCAUGUAUGUUGUGCAUCUUGGUUUUUACCUUCUUGUAUGUUAUCGGUUGUGUGCGUUGUCGAGUUUGGUGGUGAGUCGUUUUUGUGAAUCUGCCACUGUAAAUCGAUGCGAUAUCCAUCCCCUUAUAUUUGUGAGGAUGGGUAUCUGUAUUUCCGAGAUCGGGUAUGGGAUGAUGAUCUCGAUGUUCCUAUGUUAUUAUGGAACAUUUAUGGCUUCGAAUAUAAUAUAUGAUGCUCAUAUUUGAUAAUCC